GCGGUGCUGGCAGGCUCUGAUUGGCUCAGCCCCAGUACCGGGACCGGAAGUUGCUUCGGAACCGUGCAGAACCUUUCAAUAUAGCAGCAGCGGUGGUGCGGAGAUGCGGCGCGGGUUGGGCGCUGGCUUUUGCCGGCUGCUGCUCCUGCUGCUCUUCGCCGGAGGCUCGAGCCGGGCGUCAGAAGCGGAGGCGGGCGCUGUCACUUGCGGCUCGGUGCUGAAGCUGCUCAACACGCGGCACAACGUCCGGCUCCACUCGCACGAGGUCAAGUACGGAUCCGGUAGCGGACAACAGUCAGUGACUGGAGUCGAAGCUUCUGAUGAUGCAAACAGCUAUUGGCGGAUCCGGGGCAAAACCGAGGGGUCCUGCCAGCGAGGGAUGCCAGUGAAGUGCGGACAAGCCGUGCGCCUCACGCAUGUCAACACAGGGAAGAAUCUGCACACCCACCACUUCUCUUCACCGCUCUCCAACAAUCAGGAAGUCAGCGCCUUUGGCGAUGAUGGUGAAGGCGAUGACUUAGACGUAUGGGUGGUCCAGUGCGGCAGGGUGUACUGGGAGAGGGACGAUGCUGUACGCUUCAAGCACAUAGGGACCGAUGUCUUCCUUUCCGUCACCGGCGAACAGUACGGCCACCCCAUCCGGGGCCAACGGGAGGUCCAUGGCAUGCACUCCCCGAACAACCACAACUACUGGAAGGCGAUGGAAGGGGUGUUCAUCAAGCCUAGCUUGGACUCUACGAAGCACGACGAGCUCUAGAGACAAGCAAGGCACUUGAGGUGGAAACCUCUUGACCAAAGUGUGUGAGCCGGUCCCAUUCUGUAAAUAGCAAACCUGAAUCACCAACACCUUAAAGGGACGGAGAUUGAUUUGGAGGGCAACUUUGUCAGGGGCAAUUGGCCAGAUCUCAGGCAGACAGUUUGGCUCCCUUCCAUUUUUGGAAGCCGCUUCCUUUCUUUUCUCUUUCAGGUUUUUUUAAGAGAAGGGGAAAUUGCAAAUCACCAUGUAAACAACCUGAUCCAAAGUGCAAUAAAAAAACUUAUGUACAUUUUUAAGGGAAAUCAUGAACAACGCUUGAAGCAAUGGAGGAGCGUGUUGUAGUCUGAAACUUGAAAAUCUGGGGCUUUGUAGAUAAAACUCAUCUGUAACUUACUUUUUAAAGUGCCUGCCGCCCACAAUAAUUUGCUCUUAGCAUUUGCAUCUCAUGGGAGAAAUGUAGGUUUUACGUAUUUUAAAAUAAAAACCACUGUAAAUGUAA